AUGACGACACCAGGACUGUGUGGUCUUGGCGGCCCAGCCAGUCGGGACCCAAGUCUGACGGUAUCAGCAUCUCCUCUCCCUGGCGAUCGCCCCUCGACGCCCGGGACAGCAUCAAGAAAUGUUCAGACACGCCAGGAACGGUUGGAGGCAGGGCCCGAGGGCUCAUCGCAGUGCCGGCCUCCCAACGCCUCGUCGCCCAUCACCUAUCGCUACCUGACGUUCGACACGCUUCUGCCACCGCCGAACACGGUUCACACGUGCGCACCGCCGGCCUCAGGCGCUCCCGCCCAACCGAACCUGCUCGAGUACACGGACCCGACGAAGUGGCCCACCCAUCGCAAGGCCUACCACAUGGUUCUUUGCUGUGUUGCUACACUCCUCACGGCAUACUGCGCCGGCUCGUACUCGCCCCCGGUGGUGAUUAUGGAGGCCGAGUUCCACGCCUCCAGGACCGCCGUCGUGGCCGGGAUAACGACCUUCUGCGUGGGAUUUGCCUUGGCACCCAUGGUUCUCGCGCCGUUCAGCGAGAUCAAUGGCCGGUAUCCUGUCUUUUCCGUCUCAGGCGUGGUUUUUGUCGUGUUCCAACUGGCGUGUGGCUUCGUCACCAACCUGGCUGGGAUGCUGGCCUGUCGGUUCCUGGUCGGGGUUGGCGGCAGUGUCUUCAGCACCAUGAUUGGUGGCAUCAUUGCUGACCUGUGGGACAAGGAAGGGAGGAACACGCCCAUGGCUGUGUUCAGUGGCUCGGUCCUUGUAGUGGGUACGGGGCUCGGUCCCUUGGUCGCAUCAGUAAUGACCUCCCGGCUGGCGGAUGAUGGGGACGCAUGGAGGUGGGUCUUCUGGCACCAAGCUAUCGCAGGCGGGGUGCUUGUGGCUCUCAUUGUCACGCUGUUCAAGGAAAGCAGGGGCAGUAUAGUUCUCAGCCGCAAAGCAAAGGUCCUAAACAAAUGGUAUGAGGCCAGGGAAGAGGCCGGAUACUACGGCGUCUGGCUGCUUGAGCCGGGGCCCCUCUCAGGCGCCGAAGGCGUGGCGAGUGACAGCGACAACGCAGGUCAAGCGGCAGGGCCUGAAGAUGAAGAGAAGAGAACAGCAACAGCCCCUGCGGGCUCGACCACGGGCUCGACCACGGGCUCGACCACGGGCUCGACCGCAGACAUGGUGGCCAACGUACGUCUCCGAUGGCUCGUCAAGUCCGACAGCGAUCGCGCCACCGUGGGCCGGAUGAUAUCCGUCUCGCUGUAUCGGCCCUUUCAUCUACUAUGGACCGAACCAGUGGUCUUCUGGUUCUCAGCCUGGGUGUCGUUCGCGUGGGCUGUGCUCUACCUGACCUUCUCAUCGGUCCCCUACGUCUUCAAGACCGUGUAUGGAUGGGACACCGAAAGCACCGGCUACAUGUUCACAGCUAUCAUGAUCGGCGGGGUGUUGUCAACAGUCAUCGGAGUCUUUCAGGACGAUCUGCUGAAGCACCCGCAGUGGAAGGCUGACAACUGGGAUCCCAACGACUCUCCAUGCGGCGAGGAAAGCAGGCUCUACUCUGUUCUGAGACGUCACUUCCCCGUCGAGGCGCCCGAGUCCCGCCUCUACUUCACCUGCCUCACAGCCAGCCUGCUGCCGCUCGGAUUGUUCAUCUUCGGCUUCACCUCCAGGGAGACCAUCCAUUGGAUCUCCCCAGCUGUCGCCCUUUGCCUUGCCAGCAUGGGCAUCUACAGCGUUUAUCUCGCAACCUUCAAUUAUCUCGCAGACUUUUACCAGGGCUACGCAUCGUCCGCCUUGGCUGCCCAGUCGUGUUGUCGCAACCUCCUGGGCGGUGUCUUCCCCUUGGUGACCCUGCCUUUGUUCGAAAACCUAGGGAUCGAGAGAGCUGGCGGACUGCUCGGUGGUAUUGCCCUUGGGCUGACCUUUGUGCCGUGGGUGCUUGUGUUCUUUGGCAACAGGAUCAGAGCAAGGAGUUCAUUUGCCAUAGGCCUUCAGAAACUGCCUUGA